AUGCGCGCAGCCCUCGAGCGGGCGGCGGGCCUCUCUGUGCCGGCCCGGCGGACGGGGCUCAAGGAGAGAGCGCUCCGCUUCCAUGUGCGGUACCUGGACGGGAGCGUCGAGGCUCGCGUGGCGGAGUGGGAUGCGCUGUCGGAGCUGCUCCACGAGAAUGAGCAGCUGCGACGCGCUGUCGACGGCGGGCUCGCGGCGGCUGGCGGCGGUGUCGGGGCCUCCGCUGAUGCGGCCGCCGCUGGCGCGUCUGGAGUCGGCCAUUGCGUCCGGUUGCGCGCCGGCGCGGCGGUGCGGCUGCGCUCGUGCAUGGACGCAUGGAAGGUGUUCACGUUGCGGUCUCGGUGGAGGCGACACGCGGCGCAGGCAGGACGAAGUAAGCCGGGCUCUCUCUCAAGCAAGUCCGUCUCGCUGCAGCAACAGCAGCUGAAGCCAGAUAAUCCGGAGCUUGACGACGCGAUAGCGAAGCGGCAGGACGAUGCGGCCGACGCGGAGAUGGGCUCUGCGGCAAGCAAGCAAGCCCGAGGGCCGAUGCAGCUGGUCCAUGAUGUCCAGCGGGCGGAGCAGUCGGCCGACAUACUUCGGAUCGUGGCGGAAGCCAGGCUCGCCGCCCCAUCGGCACAGGGCGACCCGAGCCAGGAGUGGCAGAUGGGGCAAUGGCUAAACUCACUCGGGCUGAACGACGCCAUCGCCGCCGCGCUCCUCUCGCCAAUCUCGGCCGACGCAUCACUGGCGCUCGAUUCGGCCGACGCAUCGCUGGCGCUACCCUUCGUGCGCGCGCUAGGUAAGCUCGGCUCACGCGAGUCGGUGGCCGCGCUCCUCCGCCAGGCUGGUCCUCACCUGCUCGACCGCAUCGCCGACGCUGUUUGGGACGGCGCGUCGACCCUCAUCGCCUCGGGCGGCGCCACCGGAGCAGAGCUACACGCAAAGUUCGUGCAGGAGGGCGAGUCUUUCACCAUGUCGUACGGAGGGCUGGACACCUUCUUCGGCGGGCUGGAGGGCCUGAUCGGGACGCCCAACCCCAAGCUGCGGGAGGCGAUGAAGCGGGAGCACUGUGACUCGGCCGAUUCCGGGCUCCCCUUCAACGCGGGCAACUAUGGGACAACGACGACGGCGAAGACGGAGUAUCACUUCGUGGUCGACCCGGAGCACACCGACUUUGGGCCGGGCAGCAAGCACCCGUGGCCCGAGGACACCAAGCUGCGCGAGAGGGAGGACACGCGCAGCCUUUGCCGCAAGCCCCGCCCGCUCUCUGACUUCGCGAUCGACUUGCAGCGGGUCAACGAGCAGCUUGCGACGCAGGACUGCACCUCGCUCUGCGAUGAGGAGUUCUGGGGAGCGCGGCUGUACACCGGGCCAAUGUUCAUCAAAUACAACGCGAUCCUGCGCGGCCUGGGCGGGAAGGCUCCCUUUUUUGUGCAGAAGCUGGAGCAGCUGUGCUUGGGCAACAACUACACGACGACGCUGCACAUCAUCAACUCAGCGUGCGUCAAGCUCUCCAAGAUCAUGACCGCGCAAAAGGUCUACCGCGGCGUGAGCGGCGGCGUGCUGCCGAGCGAGUUUUGGGCCAAGAACGAGUGGAACGUCGCGGGCGGCGUCGAGUUCGCGUUCAUGUCGACCACGCUCGACAAGGAGGUGGCGCUCCACUACGGGGGGAGCGGCGGGGCGGGUCUCUGCUUCGAGAUUCAGAUGGGGAUGGUGGAUCGCGGCGCCUCGCUCUCGUGGCUGAGCCAAUACCCUCACGAGUCCGAAAUCCUUUUCGCCCCUAUGACGGGACUCGAGGUGCUCGGCACGAGGGUGGAGAGCGGCGUCAUCGUUGUCGAGACGCGCCUCUCGGUCAACCUCACCGCGCUGACCAUCGAGCAGGUCGUCUCACGGCGGCGCAAGCUGUGCAUGGACAUGUGCGAGUCGAUGCAGCUCGAACUGGCCCACGAGAUGACGCAGACGGCGUGGUCCGAGCUCAGGGAGCUCACCGACGGGGCGGAGGCGGCCUUCGAUCUGCCCGGCUAUGCGAAGAGCGUGCUGCGAGACAUGCUGGCCGAGUCGACGUCGCAUCCGCCCGAGCACUACAACAACGAAGCCAACAUGCUGAUGCGAAUGAAGGAUGCGGUGCAGGCGAAGAACGCGGUUAGCGAUUUGCCUAACGGAUGGGAGCGCUUGCAGAUGGCGGCGCCCAACCUGCCGGCGCUGCUGUCGGCCUCGGACCUCAACGUGAGGUCGAUGAAGAGCAACCUCAAGGCGGGCGGCGCAGGUGCGCUUUCCGUGCUCAUGUGCUGCUCGCAGGCGCUGCACAGCCUGAAGGCGAGCGGCGAGGAGAUGGGGCCGGAAGGCGCGGUGUACCUCGGCCACGGCAUCGCGGGCGCCACCUCGAUCACGGAGCUCGACGUGUCGAACAACAAGCUGUGCGGCAUCGAGGCCGCAGAUGAGCGGGAGGCGUACAACGGCACGCACUUCGGCACCUUCUGUAAGCUGCUCGCCAAGAACUCGAGCCUCACCAGCCUCGACGUGUCGGCAAACUACAUCCUGGCCGACGGCACCACGGCGCUGUGCGCCGCGCUCGCCGGGAACAAGCGGCUCAAGACGCUCAAGCUCAACGACUCGGCGAUGCAAGAGGCGGGCUGGAUCGCCCUCGCGAGGAUGGUCGAGGACGCGCCCUCGCUCUUGGUGCUCGAGGCCAACUGCAACCUCGAGUUGAUGCGCCCUGCCGAGAUCCCAGCCGUCGCCAAGGCCAUCGCCUCGGCAGUGGGGCGCAGCAAGAGCCUCACUAGCGUCGACCUCUCCUCGCAGGAGUGGAAGAAUGGCGAGGCCAGCGGCCUGCUUCCGCCGCUGCUGGACUGCAAGUCGCUGGCCACGCUCAACCUCUCCUGCGCCGAGUGCGGGCCCCACAUUGGCGCGGGCCUGGCGCAGCGCCUGAAAGGCCACCCGGCGCUCACCAGCUUGCAGCUCGACUCCUGCGAGCUGGGGUCGGGCGCGCUGCCCAUCUGCGCCGCCGUCGGCGACUGCGGCCUCACUGAGCUCAACCUCUCCAGCAACGAGCUGGACGCGGCUGCUGCCAACGCGCUCGGCGAGGCGCUGGCCAGCAGCGUGACGCUCAAGAGGAUUGACAUCCAGUCUAACCUGAUCGAGGAGGGCGGCGUGGCGCUGGGCAAGGGCCUCGCCGCCAGCACGUCGCUGACGGAGCUUGAGCUCAGCGACUGCGCGCUGGGCGACGAGGGCGGCGCGGCCGUCCUCGAGGCGCUCAGGGGCAACACCACGCUCCAGGUCCUCAAGAUGAGCGACAACAAGUUGAGCGCGGGCGUGGCUCCCGCGCUGCGCGCGAUCGGCGAGAGCACCUCGCUGACGCAGCUCGACCUGUCGGAGAACAAGCUGGGCCCCGACGCGUGCGCUGACCUUGCCGCCGGUAUCGCGAAAAAUGCGUCGCUGCGAGAGCUCGAGCUGAACUACUGCGCGCUCGGCGCCGGCUGCGCCGCGCUGGGCGACGCGCUCAAAUCGAACUCGACGCUCACGUCGCUACAGCUCAACGACAAUGGGAUCAUGAAGGCCGAGGCCGCCUUGCUGAGGGAUGCCUAUCGCCGCCGCGCGGAGCGGCUGCGCAAAGAGCUGGACGAGCGUGGCGAGAAGGGGAAGAAGACGUGGACUAUUCAGGUCGACCAGACGCACAAGUUUACCGGGCGCGACCUCGACCUCGACGACCUCAACCUCGACCUCGACGACCUCGACGACCUCGACGCGUCGAGGGCCUCGGAUGCGAGCAGUAUCUCCGACGCCGAGGAGGGCGCGAGCGACCUCGACGACCUCGGCCUCGACGACCUCGACCUCGACCGCGAGUAG